AUGAAGCGCGAGUACCAAGACGCCGGCGGGAGCGGCGGCGACAUGGGCUCCUCCAAGGACAAGAUGAUGGUGGCGGCGGCGGGGGCAGGGGAGCAGGAGGAGGAGGAGAUGGACGAGAUGCUGGCCGCGCUCGGUUACAAGGUGCGUUCGUCGGAUAUGGCGGACGUCGCACAGAAGCUGGAGCAGCUCGAGAUGGCCAUGGGGAUGGGCGGCGUUGGCGGCGCCGGCGCUACCGCUGAUGACGGCUUCAUCUCGCACCUCGCCACGGACACCGUGCACUACAAUCCGUCCGACCUGUCGUCCUGGGUCGAGAGCAUGCUGUCCGAGCUCAACGCGCCCCCACCGCCGCUGCCGCCCGCGACGCCGCCGGCCCCGAGGCUCGCGUCCACCUCGUCCACCGUCACAAGUGGCGCCGCCGCCGGUGCUGGCUACUUUGAUCUCCCUCCCGCCGUCGACUCGUCCAGCGGCACCUACGCCCUGAAGCCGAUCCCCUCGCCGGUGGUGGCGUCGGCCGACCCGUCGUCCACGGACUCGACGCGGGAGCCCAAGCGGAUGCGGACUGGCGGCGGCAGCACGUCGUCUUCCUCUUCCUCGUCAUCAUCCAUGGAUGGCGGCCGCACUAGGAGCUCGGUGGUCGAAGCUGCCCCGCCCGCGACGCAAGCGUCCGCGGCGGCCAACGGGCCCGCGGUGCCGGUGGUGGUGAUGGACACGCAGGAGGCUGGGAUCCGGCUCGUGCACGCGCUGCUGGCGUGCGCGGAGGCCGUGCAGCAGGAGAACUUCUCUGCGGCGGACGCGCUGGUCAAGCAGAUCCCCAUGCUGGCCUCGUCGCAGGGCGGUGCCAUGCGCAAGGUCGCCGCCUACUUCGGCGAGGCGCUUGCUCGCCGCGUGUAUCGCUUCCGCCCGACGCCGGACAGCUCCCUCCUCGACGCCGCCGUCGCCGACUUCCUACACGCGCACUUCUACGAGUCCUGCCCCUACCUCAAGUUCGCCCACUUCACCGCGAACCAGGCCAUCCUCGAGGCUUUCGCCGGCUGCCGCCGAGUCCACGUCGUCGACUUCGGCAUCAAGCAUGGGUUGCAGUGGCCGGCCCUUCUCCAAGCCCUCGCCCUCCGCCCUGGCGGGCCCCCAUCGUUCCGACUCACCGGCGUCGGCCCACCGCAGCACGACGAGACCGACGCCUUGCAGCAGGUGGGUUGGAAACUUGCCCAGUUCGCGCACACCAUCCGCGUCGACUUCCACUACCGUGGCCUCGUCGCCGCCACGCUCGCUGACCUGGAGCCGUUCAUGCUACAACCGGAGGGCGACGACAAGGAUGAGGAGCCCGAGGUGAUCGCCGUCAACUCAGUGUUCGAGCUGCAUCGGCUGCUCGCGCAGCCCGGCGCCCUGGAGAAGGUCCUGGGCACGGUGCGCUCGGUACGGCCGAGGAUCGUGACCGUGGUCGAGCAGGAGGCCAACCACAACUCCGGCACAUUCCUUGACCGCUUCACGGAGUCGCUGCACUACUACUCCACAAUGUUCGAUUCUCUCGAGGGCGCCGGCUCCGGCCAAUCCACCGAUGCCUCUCCGGCCGCGGCCGGCGGCACGGACCAGGUCAUGUCCGAGGUGUACCUGGGCCGGCAGAUCUGCAACGUCGUGGCAUGUGAGGGCGCGGAGCGCACGGAGCGCCACGAGACGCUGGGUCAGUGGCGCAGCCGCCUCGGCGGCUCCGAGUUCGAGCCCGUGCACCUGGGCUCCAAUGCCUACAAGCAGGCGAGCACGCUGCUGGCACUCUUCAACGGCGGCGACGGGUACAAGGUGGAGGAGAAGGAUGGGUGCCUGACCCUGGGGUGGCAUACGCGCCCGCUCAUCGCCACCUCGGCGUGGCGCCUGGCCGCUCCGUGA